GAGUCAACUAUCUGAAAUUUACAAUAGAUUUGGGAAGAGAAUAAGGGUCGAAGCUCCAAGAUUGCAUCUGCUGGAUAUCUGAGAAAACUGCCACUUCAUAUCAUACUGUGUCUCCCUCAGAGCCAAGUGGUGUCAUUAUAUUACUCAACUCAACUCAGUAGUCUUCAUAGUUAAAACCAUAAAACCCCAAAAUCAGAAAGAUCCCCCACCAAACUUCCCUCUCUUAUUUUAGAAGCAGAAGAAGAACAACCACCCCUACCAUCAUCUUUGUCAUUUCUUGUGUGUUCACCAUUGCUGUUGGUUGUUCAACUGCUGGUUCAUGUUUAUACUACUUUAUUACUUCUUCCCUAAACUUGCAUACUAUUAUUAUUUAAAGUAUAUUAAAUCAUCUUUGUCCCUUUUUCUCUUGGCCUUAAAUUUAAAAAGUAAUUUCGUAUAUAACGCUCUUUGCCUCGAGUGUUCUCCUGGGCAGGCGUUUUCUGCAACUGGGUUUUUGUUAUUUUCUGACCAGAAACAAAAGAAACCCAUCUGGGAUUUCAGAAAGUCACUUUAAUACAGACACAAUCUGAUUUUAGAAACCCACAAAAGGCGUGCGUGCAAGUUUGAGUUUUUCUGGGAAUAAAACUUGGGGAGAUUCGACCAAUUGGCCUUAAAUUUAAAAAGUAAUUUCGUAUAUAACGCUCUUUGCCUCGAGUGUUCUCCUGGGCAGGCGUUUUCUGCAACUGGGUUUUUGUUAUUUUCUGACCAGAAACAAAAGAAACCCAUCUGGGAUUUCAGAAAGUCACUUUAAUACAGACACAAUCUGAUUUUAGAAACCCACAAAAGGCGUGCGUGCAAGUUUGAGUUUUUCUGGGAAUAAAACUUGGGGAGAUUCGACCAAAAAAAAAACUUGGGGAGAAGGUGAACUUUGCUAAUUGCCAAAUGAAAGGUCCUUUAUUCAAUGCCUGAUUGCUGAGAAGAACCCACCAUGGAUCUGGAGACUGGGACUGAUCGAAACCAAGUAAAGAAGGAAUCAUGGAGAACAGUUCUGACUCUGGCCUAUCAGAGCCUUGGAGUUGUUUAUGGGGAUUUGAGCACUUCACCUCUGUAUGUGUACAAGAGCACAUUUGCUGAAGACAUAGUACACUCUGAGACAAACGAAGAAAUCUUUGGGGUGUUGUCGUUUGUGUUCUGGACUCUCACACUUGUGCCUCUUCUCAAGUAUGUGUUUAUUGUGCUUAGAGCCGAUGAUAAUGGUGAAGGAGGGACAUUUGCUUUGUAUUCUUUGCUGUGUCGACACGCCCGAGUUAGCUCACUGCCCAAUUGCCAAUCAGCUGAUGAGGAGCUUACUGAUUACAAGAAGGAGAGUGAUGCAAGGUCCUUGAAGCCCAAUUCGGGCUUCGGGUCGAGCUUGAAGUCUACCUUGGAGAGGCACAGGGUGUUGCAGAAGUUUCUGCUUGUUCUUGCUUUGAUUGGAGCUUGUUUUGUGAUUGGUGAUGGUGUUCUCACACCUGCUAUUUCUGUGUUUUCUGCUGUUUCUGGACUUGAGUUUUCUAUGUCCGAGAAGCAUCACAAAUAUAUAGAACUUCCAAUUGCCUGCAUAGUUCUGAUAUGCCUGUUUGCACUUCAACAUUAUGGCACUCAUAGAGUUGGGUUCUUGUUUGCUCCUAUUGUUCUGGCAUGGCUUCUGUGCAUCAGUGCGAUUGGUCUUUACAAUAUACUUCACUUCAAUCCAACUGUGUAUAAAGCACUUUCUCCAUAUUAUAUGUACAAAUUUCUGAAGAAAACGCAGAAAGGAGGUUGGAUGUCCCUGGGUGGGAUUUUGUUGUGUAUAACAGGUUCAGAAGCCAUGUUUGCUGAUCUUGGACACUUUUCGCAACUGUCAAUCCAGAUUGCUUUCACCUCUUUGGUUUAUCCAGCUCUGGUGCUUGCAUACAUGGGACAAGCAGCGUACAUAUCUACUCAUUACAACGAGGGGGGAAACUCCCGCAUUGGAUUUUACAUAUCUGUGCCAGAGCAACUGAGAUGGCCUGUUCUGGUUAUAGCUGUACUUGCAGCAGUAGUAGGAAGCCAGGCCAUCAUAACUGGGACUUUCUCAAUCAUCAAGCAAUGUUCGGCCCUGGAUUGCUUCCCAAAAGUCAAAAUAGUCCAUACAUCAUCCAAAAUCCAUGGCCAAAUAUAUAUCCCAGAAAUCAAUUGGAUUUUGAUGCUGCUAUGUCUGGCUGUUACUAUUGGUUUCAGAGACACAAAGCGCAUGGGAAACGCAUCAGGUUUUGCAGUCAUCUCUGUGAUGCUGGUCACAACCUGCUUAAUGUCCCUAGUUAUUGUCCUGUGCUGGCACCGCAGCGUCUUCUUUGCAAUUUGCUUUGUGUUCUUCUUCGGCACAAUAGAAGCUCUUUACUUCUCAGCUUCUCUUGUCAAGUUCCACCAAGGAGCAUGGGUUCCUGUUGCUCUUGGCCUGUGUUUUUUCUUUGUCAUGUAUGUGUGGCACUAUGGAACAGUUAGGAAAUAUGAGUUUGAAGUCGACAACAAGGUCUCCAUCAACUGGCUUCUCAGCCUUGGUCCCAGCCUUGGCAUUGUUAGGGUUCGUGGAAUUGGCCUCAUACACACUGAUCUUGUGUCUGGCAUUCCGGCAAUCUUCUCCCACUUUGUUGCCAACCUUCCAGCUUUUCACCAGGUGGUUGUUUUCCUCUGCAUCAAGUCUGUCCCAGUCCCACAUGUUAGACCCGAGGAACGGUUUCUAAUCGGGCAAACAGGUCCAAGAGAGUAUCGACUGUACAGGUGUAUAGUACGAUAUGGCUAUCGUGAUGUUCACAAAGAUGAUGUGGACUUUGAGAAUGAUCUUGUAUGUAGUAUAGCAGAGUUCCUACGAUCAGGAAGCAGUCCUGAUAGAAAGAUUAUCAGUGAAGACUUUGAGAAAGAAGAUGAAAAAAUGACUGUUGUUGGUACACGUUCUACUAAUGCAGAAGGGAUUCAGCUGAAUGAGGACAGUGUAGAAAUGACUCCAGAAAGUACUAUGCUGGGGCAAAAGGAAAUAAGAUCACCGCCGCCACCGGUGAAACAGAGAGAAAUAAGGUCACCACCACCUCCAUUGCCCCAACGAAGGAAGAAAGUAAGGUUCAUUGUUCCGGAGAGCCCAAAGAUAGAGACAGGUGCAAGGGAGGAACUGCGAGAGCUAAUGGAAGCUAGGGAAGCCGGAGUAGCUUACAUAGUAGGGAACAACUACAUGAACGCAAAGAAAGGGUCAAGUUGGAUGAAGAGAGUCGCCAUCAACUACGGAUACGAGUUUUUGAGGAGGAACAGCAGAACAGCUAGCUAUGCGCUAAACAUUCCUCACGCGUCUACUUUAGAGGUGGGGAUGAUCUACCAUGUGUGAUUUUGUUCAUACAAAGUUCAAUGGAUGAUGUAAUGUUGUGCAAUAGUUGAAGGCCACAGAUUUAUAUGGUGUGUCCAGGAAAUUGGCAGAAGUACAUCAUCCUCUAUUUUGGGUUUGUGAGAGGAUAUAUGGACAGAAGAAUAUAGGUCCCUAAAUUGCAUACAGUCCCAUUCGUCUUGCUCUUCACUAAGAUGUAAGAAGCAUCUUAGAGAAAAUAGUCGUUAGAUUUUGUGUAGUAGUAUCAUUGUGCAGUUUGUGCUCUUACUUUUGGGUUAGAUGGGCCUUGUAUCUCUGUGAUGCUGUGAAUACUGAACACUGACCUGAUGCGCUUCUGGACCCAUGAUUACUGCCCUGCAUUUUCUACACUAAUAUCAAACCA